CCGCGGGCAGCAGGAGAGACAGCAAGGGCAAUAGGAACAGCACUCCCAGCGAGGGGAGCCGGGGCCCCCAGGACCCCAGCAUGCUCCAGCCUGGGAAGGAGGACAAGAUGGACCGUCAGCAACAGUGGGCUGCGCCAUCCCCGUUUCUGCCUUCUGUUGUCUGCUGGGAUACCCAGACUAACAAGGGACUCCGAAUCCAGGCAUUCCAGAUCCCACAGUCAUGUCAUCAGAAAAAUCAGGUCUCCCGGACUCGGUUCCUCAUACUUCUCCUCCCCCUUACAAUGCCCCCCAGCCCCCAGCCGAUCCCCCUGCCCCACCUCCUCAGGCACCCUCCACCUCCCAUCACCACCAUCACCACCACUACCAUCAGUCGGGCACCGCCACGCUCCCAAGAUUAGGAGCUGGUGGGCUGGCUUCUCCAGCAGCCCCUGCCCAACGGGGCCCCUCGUCCUCCGCUACGUUGCCCCGCCCUCCUCACCACGCCCCCCCAGGACCUGCCCCCGGGGCUCCUCCUCCUGGGUGCGCUACCCUGCCCCGUCUGCCCCCAGACCCUUACCUCCAGGAGACCCGCUUUGAGGGUCCUCUGCCCCCUCCCCCUCCGGCCGCCGCCGCCCCGCCCCCACCUGCGCCUGCUCCUCCCGCUCCUGCACAGGGCUUUGUGGUGCCCACACACCCAGGUACCGUGGGUACGCUGCCCCUUGGAGGCUACGUGGCCCCUGGGUACCCCCUGCAGCUGCAGCCCUGCACAGCCUAUCUGCCUGUCUAUCCCGUGGGCGCCCCAUACACAGGAGGAGCGCCGGGAGGGACCGGAGUGACCCCUACGCUUUCCCCUCCACCCUUGGGCCCAGGGCUAGCCCUGUUAGAGCCCAGGCGCCCGCCCCACGACUACCUGCCAAUUGCAGUGCUCACUACAAUUUGUUGCUUUUGGCCGACCGGCAUCAUAGCUAUCUUCAAGGCGGUACAGGUGCGGACCGCUGUGGCCCGCGGAGACAUGGUGUCAGCAGAGAUCGCAUCUCGGGAGGCUCGGAAUUUCUCCUUCAUCUCCCUGGCCGUGGGCAUCGCAGCCAUGGUGCUCUGUACCAUUCUCACAGUGGUUAUCAUCAUAGCUGCGCAGCACCACGACACCGACUGGGAUCCUUAAGGACCUCCCUCCUCCUCCAGCCUGGAGACUCCUUAAACCCAAUUUCCUGGGAUACCCCUUCCCCUCCCCUAGUGAUGGCCCUUCAAUUCCACAUCUUUCCCCAAAAAUACCCACCAGCCCAGCCCGUGGAGCCUUCGAAGCUAG